AUUCCCAUCAACGGGCAACGGGCAUGCAUGCCUUGUGGCACGCAACCAACUAGCUUCUAUAUAUUUUCCUUGCUUCUUCCACUUGCCUUUACCACACCCGCCCCUUGAUAGUUAGUCUUAAUCAAUAAAUUAAUUCAAACAUGAGCUUUGCCGUGUCUGCGCGAGGCAGGACACAUCAACCCUGCGCAGCCUGUCGAAUGCUGCGCCGGAGAUGCGACCCCAGCUGCACUCUCGCACCCUAUUUCCCCAGCGAAGAGGUCGAGAAGUUCGCUGGCGUGCAUAAGGUGUUCGGUGCCAGCAAUGUCAUCAAAAUGAUUCAGAUGGUGGAGGAGAGGAAGAGGGAGGAUGCAGUUAAUGCAAUAGUAUACGAAGCCAGGGCGAGGCUGAAGGAUCCCGUAUACGGCAGCACGGGUGCCAUCUUCUACUUGCAGAAGACUGUUGAGGAACUCAAAAUACAACUUGAAUGGGCGACGGCACGGGCUUCGGAGUUGCAAGAACAAAGAGAUGGUUUGUUGGGGAUUCUGAUGAAUGUUCAUCAGGUUAAUGAUUUUGUGGUCCCAAUCACAGCGGACGAGCCAGCCUUUAGUGGUAGCAGCUUCUCCGUGGAUGACACAGUGACGGGCUACGAUCCCCUUAACUUUCCUCUAGAAUGUGACUGGAGUUUAUGAGCAUCGAGGAGUGACCCCCGAGCUGCAGGCAUUUGGUUAAUUUAACUGGUUACCAGGUUUAGAAGGAAACUGCCAUUGUACGUGGAGCCUGGGAUUUCUUUAUUCAACUCAAAAUGAUUAAAAAAAAAAAAGAAAACAGAGAGAGAGAGAGAGAGAGAGAGAGAGAGAGAGAGAGAGAGAGAGAGAGAGAGAUGUAUUGGGAGGGGGUGGGGAACACAUACAAUUAGGUUUGGAAACGACCUUGUGUUCCAAAUGUGGCAUGUCAAAAUACCAUCGGGUGUGUUCUUGUGGUACAUGCAAUUUACUGGGAGAUUAUAUAUUAUUCCAGCUGCAACUAUGAGAACAAUU